AUGUCAAGCGCUGAACUUCAACAAACGGCGAUGCAUCGAAGUAGCCGUAGAACGGGACUUGAACGAUUGCGUGAUGACGUCACUGCCGGCCGCGCUGGCUACUGUCCAGCCGGUGUGGGCGGAGCGUGGUCGCGGGCGAAACGGGCGAGAGGCGAGCGCGCGGUCUGCGUCGUAGCGGCCGCGCACUGCCUCGCGCCGUUCGAAUUUGGCGCGCGCGCGAAAGGCGGCGCGGCGGCCGCGCGCUGGCCGUCCCCAUCGUCCCGCCACGAGGGCCAUUCUGGUCGGUGUCGUGGGCCGGGCUGGGUACGUGUCUUAGUCUCGGGUCAGUGUCGCGUGACUAGAUCCCUACUCAGCCCGACCGGCAUUGCCUACGGUGCCCAUGCUCUGUUCGUCAUAUGCUCCCAGACCGUCAUGUUCUUGGUUUUCUUUACCACAGUUGGCUGCCGCCCGACCGGCAGUUGCCUCGUGAUCCGUGAUCUGCAGAUCGAAUCACAGCCAACUGCUGCUCGGGAAACUGCCGUCCAUCCAUGUCUUCUGCGUAUACCCUAG